CAGAAGCUGCAAUGAGCGGAAGAGUCGGCGACCUGAGCCCUAAACAGGCAGAAACUCUCACCAAGUUCCGAGAGAAUAUCCAAGAUAUCCUGCCUAGCCUUCCUGCUCAGGAUGACCACUUUCUCCUACGAUGGCUCAGAGCCAGGAGUUUCAACCUUCAGAAAGCGGAAUUUAUGAUUCGCAAGCAUGUCGAGUUGAGGAAACAGAUGAAAGUUGACACAAUCACAAGUAACUGGGAACCCCCUGAGGUCAUUACUCGUUACUUCGCUGGAGGAAUGUGCGGCUAUGACAAAGAAGGCAGCCCCAUUUGGUAUGACGUGAUUGGCCCUUUGGAUCCAAAAGGUUUGAUGCAUUCGGCAUCUAAGCAGGACUUUUUGAAGACAAAAAUCCGAGACUGCGAGCUGCUGCGGGAAGAGUGUGUUAAACAGUCUAAAAAGCAUAAUAAACACAUUGAGGCAAUCACAAUGAUCUAUGAUUGUGAGAAUCUAGGACUGAAACAUUUAUGGAAACCUGCAGUUGAACUGUAUGGAGAGGUGCUUACCAUGUUUGAGGAUAACUACCCUGAGGGUUUAAAGACAUUGUUUGUUAUCAAAGCACCAAAGAUUUUUCCUGUGGCCUACAACCUCAUAAAACAUUUUCUCAGUGAAGACACACGGAAGAAAAUACACGUAUUAAGAAGUAAUUGGAAGGAGGUGCUUUUGCAAUAUAUUAAUGCAGAACAACUCCCUGUUUAUUAUGGUGGAACUCUCACAGAUCCAGACGGGAACCCAAAGUGCCUGAACAAGAUAAACUUUGGUGGUGAUGUACCAAAGUCAUAUUACAUCCUUGAGUCCAUUAAGCAACAAUAUGAAAACAUGGUCACUGUCAACAGGGGCUCAUCUUUUCAGUCUGAAUAUGAGAUGCUAUUCCCCGGCUGUGUUUUAAGGUGGCAGUUUAUGACUGAGAGUGCAGACAUUGGGUUUGGUGUGUACCUGAAGACAAAAACUGGAGAAAGACAAAAGGCUGGCGAAAUGGUCGAAGUGGUUCCUACCCAAAGAUACAAUAGUCACCUGGUACCUGAGGAUGGAACACUUACCUGCCAGGAACCUGGAGUCUAUGUUCUAAGAUUUGACAACACGUACAGCAUCAUUCAUUCAAAGAAGGUUAGCUACUCAGUAGAAGUGUUGCUGCCAGACAAGGGAUCAGAAGCUCAGAUGGAUGAUCUUGGAAAGAAGAUAAAAGAAAUGGAUGUCAGUAAAAUAUAACAACCCUUGUGACUAGAGGGGAAUCUGUAAGGCAACUUUACAAUGAGGUGAAUUCAAAUUCUCUGCAGUGAAUGCAGUAAAUGCAUUGGCAUGUGUUAAUGACUGCUGAUUGUAGAUUCAGCAGAGCUAGUUAAUGGUGUGUGCAUUUUGUGCGAUAUGGACCUAUGUUGAGUAACCAAAUAGAUUAACAUGUAUCAGUGAAAAUUGGGAUAAACAGAGUGCCUCUUAAGCAUGAUGCUUUUUACCAGAGUGAAUGACACACACACACACAAACACACGCCCUUUUCUUAAAAGACUUUCCCAUCUAAUAGUCAGCACUGAAAUUUUCAUUUAUACAAAACAACUACAUUGAUCUUAUGUAUGUAUAGUGUAUUUGGCUGCUGUACUGUCCAGUGAUCUAUUUGCAUCGGACUAAAGGGCACAUCUGUGAUACAGCCCUCAUCUCAGAAUGAUUCUAAUUAAGUUAUAAUAAAAUGCUGAGCUUUAACUUAAGUCAAGUUAACAAUUAUUCAAUCUUGUGACAUAUAAUUGUAAUCAAUGAUAACAUUACAGCUGAUUGUUUCCAACUGAUGUUUACGAAUUUCUAGUUGCUAUGUCUAAAUGUACCUUUGCUGUUCAUGUCAAUUCUGAAUUAAGAAAAUAAUUCUCAACAGUUCAUUUACUCUCCCAUUCUCGGACCUAUUUUAAUAUCUUCUGUGACAGUCCUGUAUCGCUGUCAGUGUUCAGGUCAAGAAAGGCAAUAGCUACCUUGCUUUAAUUUAUCCUCCACAUUGGUAAAACUGACAACACAAAAUAAACUCACUUUUUUGUUCAAGAACCAACAAAUACCAAAAAGGAUGAUGCCAGAUAUCAGUCAUCCCUUCUUGUUUCAGAGAGUUAAAUUCUGAAAAAACUUGAAUUGUAGUCUUCAAGUGUUGAAUAAUCAGAAUGUGCAAAAACUCACUUGAAUGGGAAUUAUCCUGGUUCCAUAAAAUCUUCACAUUUUUAUCCUCAGCCUCUAUCACAGCUUGCUGGGUCAGAAAAUCUAAGCAGUGGCAAGAUUUGCACCACAGAUCUCUAAAGUGUUAUUCUAGAAUCUAUUUAGUAUGUAUUCUUGACCUGUACAAUACUGAAGGAACUCCAGAAUAAAACAUAAUUUGAAUAUAUUUACAUUAAAUCCAGUAAUUAAAAAUUUGAGGCAAGAAUUUCUCUCCUGUUCUCAUGGAGUCAUUUACAUCAAUAUUCCAUAUUGUGAUGUAAUUUAGACAUCAAGCAGUCUUCCCUUUUUAAAAAUCAUGAAAGGGUGAGUUUUCCCUUUCUUCCUUGAUAAGUAAUGAUUUUCCAAGUUUUCUCUGCCUCCAUCUGCUGAGUUAGGAUAAAUGAAGUUGUACAGUGUAGCAGAAGUGCCUUUAGUAAUUUCCUGAUAGUGGAGCUUGAUUGGUGCUUUAAGGGAUACCACAUUUUCUUUUGCACUAUCAAAAUAUCUGCUAAAUCUCUCAUCCUUGAAUGAGACAGCUAAGAAUUCUGAAUGUUUGCUCAAGUUGAAUAACUGAGUUCAAACAACCAGUAAGUAAUCAGUAAGGAUCAGGUGUACAAUCUUUGAACCUGCAGCCCCACUGCUUCUGUUCAUCACUAUGGUGUAUAACGCACCAUAGCUUUGUUACUUAGCUUAAUUGUAUGAUUUGAACAGGUUGAAAAACACACCAAUGAUCUGUGUCUUCACCUAAGAACAGGCCAGAUUAAUAUGUUGAUUUGCCAUCUUGAAUCCUCAUAAAGCUCUAUAUAUUUUUAAAAUUAGAUUCACUCCCAAUGGCUGAUUGCACUGACUAGAAGGAUUCUUAAAUUUUGUUUACAGUUUUUUUUUAUUUAGAGGACAUAGGACUCCUGCGAGGGCUGCAUCUAUGGCUUAUUUUCAGUUGAUCUCCUGAGAAGGUUCUCAUGAACCACCUUUCUUGAACUGCUAUAGUCCCUGAAGGGGUACAGUUUUGUUAGGAAGGUAGUUGAAGGAUUUGGACUCAGUGACAAUGAUGAACACCAAGUUCCAAGUCAGCAUUGUGGUUGGCUUAGAGGGGAAAUUACAAGUUAUAGUGUUCCCGUGCAUCACAUAUGCUUGGUAGAGGUCACAAUUCAAUAAGGAAUUUUGAUUUGGUAAAUCUGAUGCUGAAAGGUGGUAUAAUUGGUUAGGUUCAACUGCAGUGUUUUCAAUUGUUUAACUUGAUCAUCCUCCUAACUAUGUUCAUGAUUGAAGAAGAACUGUCUGAGCAAGUUGCUGGAGGAUUAAUUAUACCCAUGGUACUGCCCCCAGCAGAUGUUCACAAUGCUAUGGGAGGUGGAGCAAAAACUGAGCAGAAAUGCUAUCUGAAGUUAUCAAAUUCCGUCCCAGUUUAUGACAUUUUCACCUUGACCACCUUCUUGUCAGUAGCCAUGUUUUGGAAAUUUGGGCAGAUUUAUAGUCAGCCAUUUUUGCUGAUCAGAAAAUGAUGCACAUCACAAGUCCAAAUUAUUGUUAAGUGUUCCCUGCAAAGAUUGAAAUUUUUUUAUUGUUUUUAUCAGUAUUUUAUUGAUAGUUAUAUUUUAACUUGAAACAAAAGUUUGCUUCUGCACAAUUUUCAAUUUAUAGAACCAAGUUUAAAUUAAUGAAGAUACUAUUGGAAAAGCAGUGCUGUAACCUUAGCAUAGGUUAGUUCAGUCACCACAUUGCAUGAAUACAGUUGGAAAUCAUUGAACACACACCAUGGCAGGGUUCCAUUAUUCACUAAUGUUUUAAUUCCAGUACAAUUGCUAUUUUAGGUGCCAUUAAUUUUACAGUUUCUUUGCAAAACUUGCUGCAGAUUAUAAUAAAUCUCUGUGAUGUUUGUAUAUCUCGACUUACAUUAUUUAACUUAUAAUUGAAUAUGUAUUUAUCUAGAGAAGAGAGGUUUUAAAUCACUUUUGGUUUAGAGAUGAUUUGGAGGUGCUGGUGUUGGACUGGGGUGUAAAAAGUUAAAAAUCACACAACACUAACAGGUUUAUUUGGAAGCACUAGCUUUCGGAGCGCUGCUCCUUCUUCAGGUGGUUGUGGAGUAUAAGAUAGUAGGACACAGAAUUUAUAGCAAAAGUUUACAGUGUGAUGUAACUGAAAUUAUAUAUUGGAAAAGACCUGGAUUGUUUUUUAAAUUUCUCAUCUUUUAAAUUGGGCAUGUUGGUUUCAGUUCUUUCAUAUGUAAAUUCCAGAACUUUCUUAAAGUUACGUUCUCAACUUUACACUUUAACAACAGGGGCCAUGCUGGCAAGGAUAAUCCAUUGAAGUUGUGAGGUGUCCUGUGUGAGGCUGUCUGUGCCCCAAUGUUCAGACUGAUUCUAAUCCAAAAAAGGGAUUUACAGAAUCUUACAUGGAUUCAUGCAGUUUUUUGAGCAAAAUGUUGGUGUUGUGUGAUUUUUAACUUUGGUUUAGAGCAAACGUCAAUCUCUUCCAGCUCUACUUUGUUGAUUGAUCAGUAAUUGAUAAACAUUAACUAAUCAUGAGAAGUGAUGUAACAUUUGUACCUGUAAAAUCACACAUAGCAAGAGUGGUUUAUUAAAGAUCCAGAAAUCUGAGUUUGUACUCAAGCAUUGUAUCCAGAUCUUUACAUAUGUUAUUUAUAAUAUGCACUGGAUAAUAUUAUUGGUAACUGUUAAUGUUAAUCAUACUUUAGCCAUCAUGUUGCUUGAAGGAAUGAAGAUGUCUUCUUAAGUAUUUUUGCAGGUCUCAUUUUGGAUAAAAGAAAACUUUCUUGUCAUUUGCAAAGAUAAAAUUGAAGAUAACAGGAUAUGAUUUUAUAAUGUUUAGAAUUAUAGAAUUUCUAUAAUUUAUAUAAUUAUAGAAUUUCUGAGCUGCUGAUUUCUGUUUGAAUGUGAAUUUUACAGUGUGACAGCCGCAGAAAGCUUUUACAUCUGUGAUGUCUGCACUGCUGUUUACAGAAAAAUACUGUGCAAUUGUUCAGAGUAAAUCGUACAUCCAGUUUAUAUCUGAUUACCAAAAUGAGAAUGUAGAAAUAGGAAAUGCUAUUCAACUACUGGCUCCUGUCUCUUGAGAUGAAAUUUAAUCCUUUCAAGAUUAUUUUUGUAAUCUAAGCCUUCCGUAUUAAAUAGGAAAUGAUUAAAUGUUUUUGUAAUGCUUCUAAAUAGGUUUUAGUCAAAAUAUAAAUAAAUUAUUUCCUAUGUUAGGUUUGUUUCUGGCUUUUCUCAGUUCAGCUAAUCAAAUCCUCUGUUUUUGUUCUGUCCUACUUUUAAUUGGUUGUAUUCAAAAUAUGUGAAACUUUUUUUCCAGAAUACUUUAAACAUUUUUGCAUUUUAGAAUGAUCAGCAUAGAUUGAACUUGAUUAGUUUCUUCUUUUUGCUCAAUUACUUAAAUCUGAGAUCUUCCACCCACAACCUCCUACAAACUUAAAGCGAAUAGCCUUGAUGGUCCUUCCUGCACUUUGGCUAUUGGAUAUUUUGAAGUUUUUUUUUGGGAGAUUCUGAUUAGAGCUGAAAGUAAUUUGGUUGAUCCAUUUCCUCAUACUGGAAGAGUUGUGAUUAAAAGACUCUGAAGCUAUGGAGAAUCAGUACCAAAUGCUUUCAACUGCAUUAUGUAAUUCAGAAGUUGCAAACAGUUGUUGAAUUGACACAGUGCUUUGCAUAACUGCUAAAAUUAGUGGAGGUAGUGAUCACCAGACUCCUCAGAACUUUAGUUAUAUUUUCAGAAAUCAGUAGAGUUGCUGUGUAUCAGGACAGAAAGAACAAAAAAGUAUUUGUUUCUAGAAUCGAUCAAGCUGCAAAUCAGCAGCAACUCUUCAACCUAAAACAAAGCCAAAAUAUUAUGGUAAAGUGAAUAAAUUAUUAAAACCCUUUUGAGGCAAUUUUAUUUAAGACACUGUGCAACAUACUGGAAAUGGGAUUAACUCUCCGAUUGCCACAGAAAAUUAUACAACAGUUUUACAGUGUCCAUUUUUCUGUAAGUGAUUAAAAAACAUGGUGGAUACUACAUUUAACUUCUUAAAUAUCCAUUUAAUUGGUGAUUGUGAUCUGCCAACCACCAGUGGGGAGCCAACCUCACAAAGAACACAGGUUUGAGAGUCAAAACUAAAAUAUUGAUCCUUCUUUGACACUCCCUGUGAACUCCCUAGCUCCUUGCGAGGGGUCAUACAAUCACAAAAGUCAGUACUGAUCUAUAAAAACUUAUGUCAGUAAAAAAGCACUGAAUGUUCCUUUUCUUCUCAAAUAAUUUUGCAUUUGGAUUUGUUAAAAACAAUUGUGUAUUUUGUGGGGAACAAUAAAAUGAUGUAUUUCAUGCUAA